AUAUCCAAAUAUGGUUUUUUUACGAACUUGCGCCGUUCCGUUGUAAUCGUUCACAUAAAGUCGCGAUUUUGUCCCAUCGAAUUAAUUUGAUUUAAAUAAUUGUGAAACAGGUGUUUUAAUUCGGCAAACUAUUAGUUAGUGAAAGGAAUAAGUUCAUCAGUCAUUAGCCGACAAGAUUAAUUGCUUGAAAUUACAAUGUCGUACACGAAUAAGUUCAUUUAUGCCACUCUGCCGAGAACGCAACGGGGACAACCAAUUGUGUUAGGUGGAGAUCCGAAAGGAGUCAACUUUCUCUACACAAACGGAAACUCUGUGAUUAUCCGUAAUAUUGAGAAUCCAGCCAUUGCCGAUGUUUAUACGGAACAUUCGUGUGCAGUAAACGUUGCCAAAUAUUCUCCAAGUGGUUUCUACAUUGCAUCUGGUGAUCAAUCCGGCAAAGUUCGCAUUUGGGAUACAGUCAACAAAGAGCACCUACUGAAAAAUGAAUUUCAACCGAUCGGCGGUCCAAUCAAAGACAUUUCAUGGUCGGCUGACAAUCAACGUAUGGUCAUUGUCGGCGAGGGGCGAGAACGUUUCGGUCACGUUUUCAUGACAGAGACCGGAACAUCGGUUGGCGAAAUUAGUGGACAAUCGAAGCCGAUAAAUUCAUGCGAUUUUCGUCCAGCGCGACCGUUUCGAAUUAUUACCGGUUCAGAGGACAAUACGAUUGGCAUUUUCGAAGGACCUCCGUUUAAGUUUAAGAAAACCAAGCAAGAGCAUACCAGAUUCGUGCAGGCGGUUCGUUAUUCGCCAAGUGGACAUUUGUUUGCGUCGGCCGGUUUCGACGGUAAAGUGUUUAUCUAUGACGGUGCGACGUCCGAUUUAGUUGGGGAAGUGGGUAGUCCAGCUCAUAAGGGUGGUGUGUACGGUGUUGCUUGGAAACCAGACGGUACACAGUUGCUCACUUGCUCUGGUGACAAAACAUGUCGGUUGUGGGAUGUAGAAACCAGGGAACUUGUUACCGAAUUCGUUAUGGGAACCACUGUCGAUGAUCAACAGGUUUCUUGUCUAUGGCAAGGAAAUCAUCUCUUAUCCGUAUCCCUAUCCGGCUUCAUCAACUAUUUGGACGUGGACAAUCCAUCGAAACCGUUGCGUAUCAUCAAGGGACACAAUAAACCAAUCACCGUUCUCGGCCUGAGCGACGAUCGAAGCACAAUUUACACAGGUAGCCAUGACGGUGCAAUUACGAAUUGGAAUUCAGGAAACGGAACCAACAAUCGGAUUGCUGGAAACGGUCACGGCAAUCAAAUAAAUGGCAUCCGGGCCUUCGGCGAUUUUGCUUAUACAUGCGGCAUCGACGAUUCAUUGAGGGAGAUUAAUAUCGAGGGCAACACGUACACGGACCAAACAGUGAAACUGAAUAGCCAGCCGAGAGGAUUGGACAUUUUCCGUGAACAAAAUAUCGUCAUUUUGGCAUGCCAGAAAGAGAUUACUGUUGUACAGGACAAACGUGUCGCUAGCAAUCUACCAAUUUCGUACGAAGCCAGCAGCGUUUCGGUGAAUCCAGACACAAUGGAAGUGGCCGUCGGUGGAGACGAUAGUAAAGUUCAUAUCUUCUCGUUGUCCGGAACAACUCUGAGCCCAAAGACUGAAAUCGUGCACUUGGGACCAGUGACCGAUUGUGCUUACUCGCCCGACCGGAAAUAUUUGGUAGCAUGUGAUGCUAACCGUAAGGUCAUUUUGACAUCGGUGGAGGAAUACAAGACGCCUGCUCACAAACAAGAAUGGGGCUUCCAUAAUGCUAAAGUGAAUUGUGUGGCAUGGUCACCGAAUUCAUUGUUUGUCGCUAGUGGAUCCUUAGACACAACGAUAAUUAUUUGGUCAUUGGCUAGUCCUUCGAAACACACCAUAAUCAAAAACGCUCAUCCCCAAUCACAAAUCACUCGCUUAGUGUGGUUGGACAAUGAAACGGUUAUUUCCACCGGACAAGAUUGCAACACCAAAGUAUGGAAUGUCGAACCGUUUUAAGGAAGCUGGAUUGGAAAGUACGUUUUUUUUUUACAAAUUGGCAAUUAUUUUUGGUCGGAUUUGAUUCGGGACCGAUACCAAAAAGCACAAAUGCCAUCAGCGAUCAACAUCCAUCACAAGUUAAUUAAAUCGAUCAAAAACGUUUGCCUAACUCCCCUCCAUGUUAAAUUUUGUUGUUUUUUUUUCGCUUCUUCUUUUCUAACGAGUCAAUUGAGCAAUAUAAGAUUUUACGGAUGAAAAAGGAAUCCAUUUUGUGUGAAAGAAUGCAUUUUGUAACAGUAACCAACAAAUAAAAGUGGGAGUCAAUUG